UUUUUUUGGAAAUAGUUCGAAUUCCGUGAGGCUUAUUGACCAGAGCCAGAAUAUGGUAGGAGUAGUGUCUACCAGUCAGGCCCUUCAAAUGGCUGAAGAUGCUGAACUUGACUUGGUAAUAGUGUCCCCAGAUGCAGAUCCUCCUGUUGUUCGCAUAAUGGAUUAUAGUAAAUAUAGAUAUGAACAACAAAAGAAGAAAAGAGAUCAGCAGAAGAAAAGUGCUGCCAGUCGGAUGGAUUUGAAGGAGCUCAAAAUGGGAUACAACAUUGAUGAACACGAUUAUUCUGUGCGUUUGAAAGCUGCCCGAAAAUUCUUGAAAGAUGGUGACAAGGUAAAGGUCAUCGUGAAUCUUAAAGGUCGUGAAAACGAAUUCAGAAAUAUUGCUAUUGAGCUUAUUAGACGUUUCCAAAAUGAUGUUGGGGAGCUUGGGGCAGAGGAGGCCAAAAACUUCCGUGAUAGGAACAUUUUCAUAAUUUUGGUUCCAAAUAAAGCCGCUCUACAGAAAACCCAAGAUCCACCAAAGAAAAAAGACAAAUCCGCAGCAGAUGAAGUCUCUGCUAGUGUUUGAAACUCUGCUGCGAGUCUACUGUGAAAUGAGUUGUGUGCAACAUAUAUUUUUUUGGCCUGGUUAGAAUAUGUAUGUGUUGUAUAGCGUAUAAUCAUGAGCAACAAUGACACAUUCACCAGAACAUAAUGGUAGAAGCAGCCUUAUGUUAUUCAAUCCAUUGCAUGUCAACUUGGUGAUUACUCAUAGGAAGCUUCAUCAUACCAUAAGGAAUUAUGGGAAAUUGGCAGAGAGAACAGAACGCCAAUUUCAGGCAUUUAUGCCUAUGCCAGCAUGGUAUCUUGCAGUAGCUGUUUCAGGGUGCUGCUUAUAUUUUCUGUAGUCGUAGUUGUAAUGUUUCUAUUUCGAGAUGUAGAUAAUGCAACCUACGUACCUAACGAUUUGAAGGUAACGUAGUUCUGAAGUGCUUACGUUCCAAGGUUGCUAACGUGUUACAUAUUUGACUCGUAUAAGUAAUCAGAACCUUGUCCUGAUAGCAA